AUGGAUCUACGAAAUCGCAAAAGCAGAAAAGCGAAAUCAUUGGGGGCGCAGCCGCAGCCGCAACCCCAGGCGCAGCCGCAGUCGCAACCCCAAGCGCAGCCGCAGCCGCAACCACGGGCGCAGCCGCAACCCCAGGCGCAGCCGCAGCCGCAACCCCAGGCCCAGCCGCAACCACAGGCCCAGCCGCAACCACAGGCCCAGCCGCAGCCGCAACCACAGCCGCAGCCGCAACCCCAGGCCCAGCCGCAGCGGCAGCUGCAGCUGCUCUUGCAACAGCAGCAGGACAUGCAUCAAGACAUGCAAAAUUCGGGGUAUAUCCAGCAUGCGCCGGAACACCAACAAAACCUACAAACAGGUGAUACUGUAAGUCACAUACAUAUCAAUGGAGCAGCGGCGGCUGGAGCGGCGGCUGGAGCGGCAGCGUGUGAGAGUAUGCCGCCAGCUGUGGCGCCAGGCGAACCUAAAUCGUGA